CAGUCAGACUGUGACGUGCAGUCUUCCUGUUUCCUUCAGCUGUGUCUUAAAGUAAAUCUUGUCGUGGAGCGGAGCCCUCAGCCGAGGGAGCGCUCUGAAACCCAACACCAGUGCAGCGGGCAGAGCCGAGCGGCGCAGAGGAGCCGGGGCCGGUCCGUCCGCGCCCCGCGCCCCCGCUCCGCGCGCCCCUCGCCGCUCCUCUCCUCCUCUGCGCUCCUUUCCUCUUCUCCGCUCUGCGCUCCCCUCUCCCUCCCGCCCUCCUCGCUCGCUCGCCCUCGCACCGACUCACCCCGGUCCGAUCACCACAUCCAUCACCCGCAAACCAUCCUCGUGCGCGCGCGCGCGCGUUUUCCGCUCUCGGCGGGCAAAAACGGGAGAGGGAGAGAGAGAGCGAGCGAGAGGGAGCGAGAGGGAAAGAGAGGCUGCGUCCCACCGCUCUCCGCACCGAGAAAGUGGUGUUAUUUAAAUGAAUCCUAAUAAAAUAGCCUCUAAACAGUUUCUAAGCAGGAGCCACCGUGGGACCCAGCGCUCCGCUGCCCCCCGAUCCCCAGAGGUCCCGGGAUUCUUGAGCUGUGCCCAGCUGACGAGCUUUUGAAGAUGGCACAAUAACCGUCCAGUGAUGCCUGACCAUGACAGCACAGCCCUCUUAAGCCGGCAAACCAAGAGGAGAAGAGUUGACAUUGGAGUGAAAAGGACGGUAGGGACAGCAUCUGCAUUUUUUGCUAAGGCAAGAGCGACGUUUUUUAGUGCGAUGAAUCCCCAAGGUUCCGAGCAGGAUGUUGAGUAUUCAGUGGUACAGCAUGCAGAUGGGGAAAAGUCAAACGUACUCCGCAAGCUGCUGAAGAGGGCGAACUCGUACGAAGAUGCUCUGAUGCCUUUUCCAGGAGCAACCAUAAUUUCCCAGCUGUUGAAAAAUAACAUGAACAAAAAUGGUGGCACGGAGCCCAGUUUCCAAGCCAGCGGUCUCUCCAGCACGGGCUCCGAAGUACAUCAAGAGGAUAUAUGCAGCAACUCUUCGAGAGACAGCCCCCCUGAGUGUCUUUCCCCUUUUGGCAGGCCCACUAUGAGCCAGUUUGAUAUGGAUCGCUUGUGUGACGAGCACCUGAGAGCAAAGCGUGCCCGGGUGGAGAAUAUAAUUCGGGGGAUGAGCCAUUCCCCCAGUGUGGCACUGAGGGGCAAUGAAAAUGAAAGAGAGAUGGCCCCGCAGUCUGUGAGUCCCCGAGAAAGUUACCGAGAAAACAAACGCAAGCAAAAGCUGCCCCAGCAGCAGCAGCAGAGUUUCCAGCAGCUGGUUUCAGCCCGCAAAGAACAGAAGCGAGAGGAGCGCCGACAGCUGAAACAGCAGCUGGAGGACAUGCAGAAGCAGCUGCGGCAGCUGCAGGAGAAGUUCUAUCAGAUCUACGACAGCACUGAUUCUGAAAAUGAUGAAGAUGGAAACCUGUCCGAAGACAGCAUGCGCUCCGAGAUCCUAGAGGCGCGGGCCCAGGACUCCGUGGGGAGGUCCGACAGUGAGAUGUGUGAGCUGGACCCAGGACAGUUCAUCGACCGGGCGCGGGCCCUGAUCAGAGAGCAGGAGAUGGCUGAGAACAAGCCCAAGCGGGAAGGCAGCAACAAAGAGAGAGACCAUGGGCCAAGCUCCUUGCAGCCAGACGGCAAACACUUGGCUGAGACCCUGAAACAGGAGCUCAACACGGCCAUGUCGCAAGUCGUGGACACUGUGGUCAAAGUCUUUGCAGCCAAGCCCUCCCGCCAGGUUCCUCAGGUCUUCCCACCUCUCCAGAUUCCCCAGGCCAGGUUUGCAGUCAAUGGGGACAACCACAAUUUCCACACCGCCAACCAGCGCCUGCAGUGCUUUGGCGACGUCAUCAUUCCAAAUCCCCUGGACACCUUUGGCAACGUGCAGAUGCCCAGUUCUGCCGACCAGACAGAAGCACUGCCCCUGGUGGUCCGCAAAAACUCCUCUGACCAGUCUGCCUCCGGGCCGGCCGCUGGCGGCCACCACCAGCCCCUGCACCAGUCGCCUCUCUCUGCCACGGCGGGCUUCACCGCCUCCACCUUCCGCCACCCCUUUCCCCUCCCCUUGAUGGCCUAUCCAUUUCAGAGUCCAUUGGGUGCUCCCUCCGGCUCCUUCUCGGGAAAAGACAGAGCCUCUCCUGAAUCCUUAGACCUAACUAGGGACACAACGAGCCUGAGGACCAAGAUGUCAUCUCACCACCUGAGCCACCACGCUUGCUCACCGGCACACCCGCCCAGCACAGCCGAAGGGCUCUCCUUGUCGCUCAUAAAGUCUGAGUGUGGCGACCUGCAAGACAUGUCCGAAAUCUCGCCCUACUCGGGAAGUGCAAUGCAGGAAGGAUUGUCACCCAAUCACUUGAAAAAAGCAAAGCUCAUGUUCUUUUAUACCCGUUAUCCCAGCUCCAAUAUGCUGAAGACUUACUUCUCCGAUGUAAAGUUCAACAGAUGCAUUACCUCUCAGCUGAUCAAGUGGUUUAGCAAUUUCCGAGAGUUUUACUACAUUCAGAUGGAGAAGUACGCCCGCCAAGCCAUCAACGACGGAGUCACCAGCACAGAAGAGCUGUCUAUAACCAGAGACUGUGAGCUGUACAGGGCCCUGAACAUGCACUACAAUAAAGCAAAUGACUUUGAGCAGGUUCCUGAGAGAUUCCUGGAAGUGGCGCAGAUCACAUUACGGGAGUUUUUCAAUGCCAUUAUCGCAGGCAAAGAUGUUGACCCUUCCUGGAAGAAGGCCAUAUACAAGGUCAUCUGCAAGCUGGAUAGUGAAGUCCCCGAGAUUUUCAAAUCCCCGAACUGCCUACAAGAGCUGCUUCAUGAGUAGAAAUUUCAACAACUCUUUUUGAAUGUAUGGAUAGUAGCAGUCCCCUUUGGGUGUCUGACUUCCUGUAUGUGUCUAGAUUUUGAUUUCAUGUGUGUGUGUGUGUAUGGGAGGCAUGGAUAUGUUAUGAAAUCAGCUGAUAAUUCCUCAUCAUCAUCCUUCUCUCAUUUCCUUUUGUUUUCUAUGACAAGGGGAUGGUUAUUUUCCUUCUUCCUUUAGUUUACUUUUGCCCAAGGCCCUUAACAUUUGGAGAUUUAACGUAGGGUUUGUUUUCAGGGAAAAAGAAUGCUGGAGUGUGUAAAGUCUGUGCUUGCAAGGAAGGGUAUUUAGCGAAGAGGCCCCUGCUUGUUUAGUGGCAUACUGCACGUGGUGGUUGGCCGAGGCCACGCCGUGACACUGCGCAGCUCUACAGAUGCUGACCUGUCUCUUCUUCUUACUGUUAAGGUCUAAAAAUGCAAAGUAACCACUUCAUACAUUUAAGUAUUUUGCUUGGUUCAAACUCAAUAAGUAGCUUUUUCUUGUUUCAUUAAAUAAUGCCAAUGAGAAAGGAGCAGCUCACUUUGAAAAAUACCCCCAAAAGCCAAAUGAAAGCAAAACUAAUUGCUCUCCAGGCUUUGCUAAAAGAAAGGGCAAACACUCCCCAAACUAGCAGUACCAGUUUCUAAUGAACGCAAAGCAACUUUUGACAACACGGACUCUUCCAGCGUGAGCCUUGAAACCCAUUGCCUGCUCCUCUAGCGGCCUCUCGAGACCUCAGAGUUGGUUCUUCUUCAUACUAAGUGAGCUUUUAGAUCAGUCUUCAUGGAGAAAAAUGUCAUACUUUGUUAUCGCUUUCUAUUUAUUUUGCUUCAGACAGUAAAAAGGCACGUGCUGCUCUGCUGCACUUUGUGUAUACGCCUAAGAGAAUUAUGAUUUCUGUUCAAUUAAUCUUUUUCCUAAAACACCACUUUCUGCAGUAAGACAUAAAGCAAUCCCCAGCUGACCUGCAGUCCUCGCCAACACUAGAGGUUCGUUGGCAGCUUUUGGCUGACCUGUUUCCAUGUGCGAGUCCACACUGCACUGAUGGAUAUUCAAAGUGGCGACAGUCUAAGUGUUUAUUCAUAGUAGUUAUAACAUCUUAAAGUAACCCAUACUAUCUCUUUUAAUGUAGAAGCUAAUAUUGACCAAAAUGGAAGAAACAUAAGAAAGUUGGGGUUAACCUAAAAGGCACAGUCUCUGUACAACUAAGAGAGCUAGCUGCUCUACCAUGCUUUCUUCAGUGGGUCUCUUCUUUUUCUUUUUUCUUUUGUCCAACCUUUCAAUGAUGUAGUGUCCCAUGUAUGCAUUUUAAAAAUCAAGCAGCAUUCAUACUUGUUUUACUAGAUGGGGUUUGUGUUCAGAAGCAGUAAGAAUCCAGUGUCCGUGCUAACAGUGCUUUUCAAUUUCUUCCUUCCCCUUUGGUCCCCAGCUCUUAAAAUGACACAGUAACAAACCUGGUAUUUAAAACAUGCAGAGUACAAAUGCUGUUUUUCCCUUAACUUACAUUUAAAAAAUGCAUCUGACUUUGGAGAAUGCAGGUAGACCCAUGUGACUGACGGGCCAACCCAAUCCUUGCCAUUUAACGUCCUUUAUAAAUUCUGCUGAUGGAUAGGAAUGUGGGAACACAAUUAUUGUCAGCACAAAGCCUUAAAACCUGCUGACUUUAAAUUAAACGGUGCAGUCCUCUGGUGCCCUGCUAACCCAGGACACUAAUGCCCUAGAAAUGUGGAUAGAACCUACAGUGACCUGGGCUGGGAGGCUGACCCCUCCGCCCUACAUCCGGGACCACGCCCAUCCCCAGUACCCUCCCACGCCUGUGCACAGAAUCAUGGCAGCCAAUGUGUUUUCUGACUUGCUUUUAAAAAAAGUUCUGAUUAUCAGUACAUUGGAGUGAGAUGGAUAUAUACUCCAGCAAGCACAAGGGAAUCUCACCUGCGAGUCACACUCUUCACUUGCUUGUUUGGAAUCCUGUGAUGCUCAUCACUUGUGUCACUACACAGCUGGAGUGUCGCUGUUCCAUGUAAUUCAUAUCCCUUGCAAGGAGGUAACACGCAAAGAAGCCGUAGCAGGUUCACCAGGAUAGACAGACUGCAAGGUAUUUUCUUAAUCUGUGAGACAGUGAUUCCAUGUUUAUUUGGGUUUUGAGAAUGAUUUUCCCCUGCUUUUGUAAUUUAAAUAGGCAAAUCAAGCAGAAGUGAGUGUGUACAGCCCAACGUCAAUGCACUUAGCUACUGAGAGGAUCCUGGAGAUCCUCUUCAAGUGCAGAAUAGAGAUUGCAGCGUGAGGAGAAACACUUCUGUUCUGAAAGUAGAACCAUCUUUUUGCACUUAGGUGACUUCUCCCCCUUCUACAACCAUAGAACUUUGUGCCUCUGAGUGCACUGGAAAAUGACAAAAGCCUGUCCCUCCAAACUCCUAUUUCACAGUUUUUUUUAAAAAAAAUCACCACCUUCCAAAAUUCAGGUCAACUCUCAUGGAAUAAAAAUUGGGUCCACAGGAGAAAGUUGACUUCCAUGGUGGGAGGGUGAAGGAUCAGGAGCAGUUUACCUAGAAGGGGAAAAAGUCUAGAGUCCAUGUUGAAAUUCCACACUACCACUUACUUUCUGUUAACUCUAAAUUAUUUUUGCGUGUACACUUGAGGUUAUUGUCUGUGCCUAGACCUAAAAUGCACCAGCGGGGGGAUUUUAAAAAUCCUUCAAAAUACCAGUUUUCUCCCACAAGUACAAUUGUUCUUGUGCCUUCUGUGGCUUUCGAAUUCAUCUUUUUUGACUUUAUUUCCAAUUACUACAGCUGCAAUAAACACUAGAUUUUUUUUCUGGCUGUUUGACAUAAUGUUGAUAGCUAUGCAUAUUUUAUGUCUUUUUAAAACAAAGCGGGAGAAUACGUUUUUGAAGAAGAGAAUUUUUAGAACAGUUUGAUACCGCAAAUUAUUUUUUCCUCAAUUGUUUGAGCAGCAUCCGAGUUUUGAAAAUUCUUGUAGAAGCCAAUUUUUUGUAACUGUGGUGCAAAUCUUGUGUUUUCUUAGCCUAAUGAAAAGUAGUAUAGAAGCAAUAUUUCAUACCAUGUGCUAUGUAUGUGCGUGCAGGUGGUGAGCGUGAAAACACAUACACGCAUAUACACACAUGUAAAAAUAUAUAUAUGCGUGUGAAGUGGAAAUCUUGCCUUUUCCUAUCUAGAGUUAAGAACCUAUUUUAGACAUUUGUUAUGUUUUGUGAAAAGAAUGUUCUAUUUGCAACAACAAAACAUUUCAUUCUUCCUGUCUCUCUGCCUGUUUACUGAAGAUGUUUCACAUUAAAAGGUAAAACAUGUGGAAGAUGCUAGAAUGUAGUGACUAUCUAAGUAACUGUUCACCCACAGGUUCCUAAAGUUUGCUUUGUGCCUCCGAGUAUUAUUUAAUUAAAGUGUUUUACGUUUGCAGAGCCUUUGUUACUGUACUGGGAAUGUGGGUGAAUAUCAUUUAAAAAAUUUAAAACCACAACAACAACAACAAAAAAA